AUGCAGACUGCCGGGGGCCUGAUACGAGUUGCGAGCUCGCUAAUACCUGUGAUGACCUGCUGCUACGAGGUCAAGAUAUCGUACCAAAGCCAGGCGAAGGAUGCCAAACGCGACACAGACCGAGGACGGACGACAGGCCAUCUUCAGUUCCUAUUCGAUGGCACUCCCUUGGUCGAACAGUUCCUAGCAGCUGCGAAACACCUCGUGCACGGCAUGCCACAUAGAGUUCAGGGCGCAUCCAGCAGGACAUGCAGACUGUCAGUUAUUCCGAGGGAGGGCAUUCGAAGAGCGAGCCUAAGAAGAGAGCGUGGAUGCAGAGUUUCCGCUCGAAGCUCGACCCGGUACCUCGACACCGCGAAUGUGGAGCAAGGGUACCUGGGGCCUGCCCAUGCCGACGACGUCACACCUCCAUCCGUUGACUCGCCCACAUUGGAUGGGCAACCGUGUGCGGCCCAGGCACAUCUGCGGCAGUCCAGUGGGCAGGGCAAGGUCCAGGCGACUUCGCUCAGGGCUGGGCUGGGCUGGGCUGCUGGAGCGGAUAGGUGGCCGUCUGGUGGCUGCUUCGGCCUCUGGGGCUGGGCUGCGGCGGCCUAG